CCCCGCGCCAGCCCCGCCGGCGAGCCCGGAGCGCCCACGGAGCCCGCGGGCCCCUCGCCAUGGAGACGGUCACUUCUCCAGAUAUUUCUCCAGCUCUAGAAAAUGAACAACCUCAAGAGACUCCAGAAUCCAACAAUACUGUGUAUACUUCCUUCAUGAAAUCUCAUCGAUGCUAUGACCUGAUUCCCACAAGCUCCAAAUUGGUUGUAUUUGAUACUUCCCUGCAGGUGAAGAAAGCAUUCUUUGCUUUGGUCACUAAUGGUGUACGAGCUGCCCCUUUGUGGGACAGUAAGAAGCAAAGUUUUGUGGGCAUGUUGACCAUCACAGAUUUCAUCAAUAUUCUGCACCGCUACUAUAAAUCAGCUUUGGUUCAGAUCUAUGAGCUGGAAGAACAUAAGAUAGAAACCUGGAGAGAAGUGUACCUACAGGACUCCUUUAAGCCACUCGUCUGCAUUUCUCCGAAUGCCAGCUUAUUUGAUGCUGUCUCUUCGCUGAUCCAAAACAAGAUCCACAGGCUGCCAGUUAUUGACCCGGAAUCGGGCAACACCCUGUACAUCCUUACUCACAAGCGCAUCCUCAAGUUUCUCAAGUUGUUUAUCACUGAGUUUCCCAAGCCAGAAUUCAUGUCUAAGUCUCUGGAAGAGCUCCAGAUAGGCACCUAUGCCAACAUCGCGAUGGUCCGCACGAGCACCCCUGUGUAUGUGGCUCUGGGCAUCUUCGUGCAGCACCGCGUCUCGGCCCUGCCGGUGGUGGAUGAGAAGGGGCGUGUGGUGGAUAUCUACUCCAAGUUUGAUGUCAUCAAUCUGGCAGCAGAAAAAACCUACAACAACCUAGACGUGUCUGUGACGAAAGCCCUGCAGCAUCGAUCACAUUACUUUGAGGGCGUGCUUAAGUGCUACCUGCAUGAGACUCUGGAGACCAUCAUCAACAGGCUGGUGGAAGCAGAGGUUCACCGACUGGUCGUGGUGGAUGAGAACGAUGUGGUCAAGGGAAUCGUGUCCCUGUCUGACAUCCUGCAGGCCCUGGUGCUCACAGGAGGAGAGAAGAAGCCCUGAGCCAGGCGGGGCCAGGCAGCACCAGGGGAUUAUUCACCCCCUCACGGCACACCCGAACAAAGCUCUGGAGCCACGCACGAAACCAGGAGGGAAUCGACUGCAUUGCUUGGGAGCCCUCGGUUCUGCAUGGGAGCUGGGGAAAUGCCAGGGAGGAAGGAAAGUGGAUUUUCAGUAGUCCUUGUCCUCCCACUUGAGAAAAUUAUAGAUCCUAGCCCAUCCAACCCCCAUGCUCUUAGACAUAGCCCCCUUUCUGGGUAAACGAUGGGCUCUGUGCCUCUCAGGCAAACUGAUCUCCGAGAGAUCCCCAGACCUCACCAGCCAUUGCCUCUGUCUCUGUCCCCAACUUCAUCCAAAGACGACAGUACAGCUAAGUCUUCAUAAUUACUUUUCCCUUCUGUUUCAUACUGUAUGGAGAAGGUUGAGUCCACUUUGUGACGUUUCUUCCAUACUGGAGUGGGGAGGAGGGCCUUUGGUUUCUGCACUGUAGGCAGAUGUAGGACGGGAAUUGGGGGUUAUGUGGAGGAGGGCAGAAUGAUUAGCUGAGGCUAUUGCUUUUCGUGACAAACUUAAUUAAAAUGGCAGGAACCUC